CAUGAAGGGAGUUGUAGUCCUCAUUACGUCCGAUCCUCGUUCAUUCAAGCUUUGGGAUGCAUCAGCCAGGACUACAAUCCCAGCGUGUGGAGCCCUGGAAGCUGGAAUCAGCGCACCUGCUCCAGUCGGCUCGAGCGAUCGCAGCAGUGAGGAAGCGGCAGCGAUUAAUUCCUGUUGAUGAAUUCAGAGAAAAAUAACAUUUAAAAUGCAUAUCUAGUACUGGGGGAAACCGAAACCAAUGUAAAAAAAUGUCAAUUGGAUUUUAAUUGUUGGACUUGGAGCAGGCAGUUAAACUCUUUGAUACCUACGUUUUAACCGACCUGUCUGUCAUUGCGUUAUUUAACGUUUGAGUUUUGAUGUAAUUGGAAGAAGUUGCUGAGGUUUAAAUGAAUACUCAAUAGGAACUGCUAGUCUGUGCUCAUUACCUGAUAGUUGCUGAAUAGAGUGUGAUACUUUGGAAUGCCCAGGAAAUACGUUUGGACAUUGCAGUGAAUCUGUGCGUUCUUUUCUCCUACAUACUGACCUGAGUUUGUAAUCCGUCCCGUGGUACGUAUUGUAGGGCGAAAAACGACAAUAACAGUCUUCAAAGAGCACCGAUAUAAUGUGGGAGAGCAAGCAAUUCCUGUGGGUUCGAAGUUUCUGUACCGCACUGACUCUCUGUGUACUGAGUAGAGUUGGAACUGCUGAAGAAAAUGAUCUGAAGACAGCGGGAGCCUCAAAGCCGGAUUUCUCAUGUAUUGAUGCCGAUCGCUUCUAUGACCAUUAUGUGUGGACAAAGCAGGAGCAGAAACAUUAUUUAUUUUGUCCACUGAGCAAGGAACUGCUGCAGCUGAUACCAUCUGCCUCAGGAUUCACUGUUGAGUGGAUCAAGAACUGCCUUCCUUUUAAUAUUAACCAGAGUUCUCAUAUAACUAACAGCACCUAUCCAAAUGGAACUGCAUUUCUCACAUUCCAUACCCUCCACAACUCUGAUGCUGGGAAUUAUACUUGCGUAGUCAGCUUGAACAGACAGAGAUUUCACUCCUUCACCAUGCAACUCCGACUAGAAGAUAGUCGCUGUAAUGUAGCUCCUACAUUCCUGUCUCCUUCUGGAAAUCAGACUUACUUUCUGCCUGUUGGCUCUUGGAUGGUGUUGAAUUGUACAGUGAAGCUACUCUAUGACCAGAAGUUCAACUGGUGUGACCCAAACAUCGACUGGAGUAAAGAUGGACAUGUGAUCAUGAACAGUAGUAAAUACACCUCCACUGAGGAGACCAGGUUUAAUCAUAAUGCUUCAGAGAAAUUUCUCUCUAGUCUUCUGAACAUCAGCAUGAUGGACGAGAGUGACUAUGGAAUCUUCGCCUGCUUCAUUAGAAAAGGAUCAGCAACCUUCACAUUACAAAGAGAUUAUAAUGCCAGCCACGUACCAGCAGUACUGGGUGCUCUCCUGGUGCUAUUUGCAUUGCUCCUGGCUGGAUUACUGUAUGUGAAGUGCCGACUGGAUCUGCAGCUAUGGUACAGAAAUAAAUAUGGUGAAUUUGAAAUGAAUGAUGGAAAGUUAUAUGAUGCUUAUAUAUCCUAUGUGUCUGCUGAUGAUGACCGCAAAUUUGUCAACUUCAUCCUGAAGCCACAUCUGGAGAACAAAUAUGGAUACAAGUUACACUUGGAUGAUCGUGACAUUCUUCCAGGAUCAGAGCCCUCGGCAGAACUGAUAAUGAACAUUAGUCGCUGCCGUCGUCUGAUUGUAGUGCUAUCCAAAUCAUACCUGGAACAGGACUGGUGCAGGCUGAACUUUAGGGAAGCACUAUGGCAACUACUGGAUCUCUCCAGAAGACCCAUCUUCAUUAUGUUUGAAAGUCAGUACAGGGAACUAUCUCACCCAGCUAUUCAACUUCUCAAAUCACAGAGGAAAAGUUUUACUCUCCUGCUGUGGACUUCCACAUCAAUGACACCUUCCUCUGAAUUCUGGAAACAAUUACGAUUGCUCUUACCUCGGAAAAUUUCUCACCGAAGUGUUAUGGCAGAUCCCCAGACUCGACUCCAGGAUGACAAGGAUCCUAUGCUAAUCCUUAAUCCAGAUUACCUGGACUGCAGAUCUGACCCUGAUCCUGAAGGGGACUUGGGUAAGUGGAGUGACUAAUUUGAAUACACCUCU